GCGAGGGGGGCGGUGGCCGUGGCGGUGACAGCCGCUCCCCGCCCCUGAGGGUCGCCACGUCCCUCACGUACCGCCCGGCCGAGGCGCGGAGCGGCGAGCGGCCGCGGCUCCGGCUCCUCCGGCGGGGCUCGGCAUGAGGCUGGCGCGGCUGCUGCGCGGAGCCGCCUCGGCCGGCCCGGGCUCUGGGCUGCGCGCGGCUAGCCCCGGCGGCAGCCGCAGCCUCACCUCCGACUCGGGCUCCAGGCCGGCGCCCGAGAGCGGCGUUCCGGGCCAGGUGGACUUCUACGCGCGCUUCUCGCCGUCCCCGCUUUCCAUGAAGCAGUUCCUGGACUUCGGAUCUAUGAAUGCUUGUGAAAAGACCUCAUUUAUGUUUCUGCGGCAAGAGCUGCCUGUUAGAUUGGCAAAUAUAAUGAAAGAAAUAAGUCUUCUUCCAGAUAAUCUUCUCAGGACUCCAUCAGUUCAAUUGGUACAAAGCUGGUAUAUCCAGAGUCUUCAGGAACUUCUUGAAUUUAAAGACAAAAGUGCUGAAGAUGCUAAAACUAUUUAUGACUUUACAGAUACUGUGAUUCGGAUCAGGAACCGACACAAUGAUGUUAUUCCCACGAUGGCCCAGGGUGUGAUUGAAUACAAGGAGAGCUUCGGGGUAGAUCCUGUCACCAGCCAGAAUGUUCAGUACUUUUUGGAUCGUUUCUACAUGAGUCGCAUUUCAAUUAGAAUGUUACUCAAUCAGCACUCUUUAUUGUUUGGUGGAAAAGGAAGCCCAGCUCAUCGAAAACACAUUGGAAGCAUAAAUCCAAACUGCAAUGUAGUUGAAGUUAUUAAAGAUGGCUAUGAAAAUGCUAGGCGUCUGUGUGAUUUGUAUUAUAUUAACUCUCCUGAACUAGAACUUGAAGAACUAAAUGCAAAAUCACCAGGACAGCCAAUACAAGUGGUUUAUGUACCAUCCCAUCUCUAUCACAUGGUGUUUGAACUUUUCAAGAACGCAAUGAGAGCAACGAUGGAACACCAUGCUGACAAAGGUGUUUACCCCCCUAUUCAAGUCCACAUCACACUGGGUAAUGAGGAUUUGACUGUGAAGAUGAGUGACCGAGGAGGUGGUGUUCCUUUGAGGAAAAUUGACAGACUCUUCAACUACAUGUACUCAACUGCACCCCGGCCUCGUGUUGAGACGUCCCGAGCCGUGCCCCUGGCUGGUUUUGGCUAUGGAUUGCCCAUAUCACGUCUUUAUGCCCAAUACUUCCAAGGAGACCUAAAGCUAUAUUCUUUAGAGGGCUAUGGGACAGAUGCAGUCAUCUACAUUAAGGCUCUGUCAACAGAAUCGAUAGAGAGACUCCCAGUAUAUAACAAAGCUGCCUGGAAGCAUUACAACACUAACCAUGAGGCCGAUGACUGGUGUGUCCCCAGCAGAGAACCAAAAGACAUGACAACAUUUCGCAGUGCCUAGAUACACUUGGGACAUCUGGAAAAUCCAAAUGUGGCUUUUGUAUUAAAUUUGGAAGGGGUGACGUUCAGAACUACAUUAUACCAAAUACUUCCCAUGUUAUUUUCAAAAUUAACUAUUUGGGUAGAAUAAAUGGAAAGUGAAUUCCA